AGCGCAGACGCAGCGAGCGGAGCUGGAGCCGCACCAUCCCCAGACAGAAUGGUGAGGCGUUGCUGUCCUUUCCUCCUGCUCCACAUCUUCACCAUCUUCACCAGAGCCGCAGGUAGAACACGAGACGUGCUGUAUCCGUUCGGACCUGAGCACCGGGACCUGGAAACCCCGAAGAUGGACGACGGAAGCUCCCCUGAAAUCACUCUCCUCGUGCCUUUUGUGUUCUUCAACAUCCCGUACCGCACCGCCUACGUGAACAACAACGGGGUGAUCUCCUUUAACGUGCAGGUGAGUCAGUUCACCCCGGAGGCCUUCCCGUUGAGCGACAGCCGUUCGUUCAUCGCUCCCCUUUGGGCCGACGUCCACAACGGGAUCCGGGGCGACGUUUACUACAGGGAGACGACGGAGGCCGAGGUGCUGGACCGAGCCUCACAGGACGUCAGGAAAUACUUCAAAAACCUGCCGGGCUUCAGCGCCUCCUGGGUCUUUAUCGCCACCUGGCACCAGGUCACGUUCUACGGAGGGAGUCAGACCACACCGGUGAACACGUUCCAGACGGUGUUGAUCUCCGACGGCGUGGCGUUCUUCAGCAUGUUCAACUACGGCGAGAUCACGUGGAGCACGGGCACGGCCAGCGGCGGCGACCCGCUCACCGGGCUCGGAGGAACCACGGCUCAGUCAGGUUUCAACGGCGGAGACAUCGGGCAUUUCUUCAACCUGCCGGGGUCUCGCUCCAACGACGUCGUCAACAUCGAGCAAACCACCAACGUCAACGUCCCCGGGCGAUGGUUCUUCAGGGUCGACACGGAGCUCAUCGACCCGGCCAACGGCUGCAGCUACAACGGACGUUACUACCGACCGGGCGAGAUCUUCUGGCUGUCGGACCAGUGCUCGCAGAGGUGCCGCUGCCUGGACCUGGACAACGAGGUGCAGUGUGAGCGGGCGCCGUGCGGGCAGCUGGAGACCUGCGAGCACCAGGAGGGGGCCUUCUACUGCCAGCCCACGCGCACCAGCACCUGCGUCGUGUUCGGGGACCCGCACUACCACACCUUCGACGGGUUCCUCUACCACUUCCAGGGCACGUGCUCGUAUCUGCUGGCUCGCCCCUGCUGGGAGCUGACCGGGCUGCCCUUCUUCAGCGUGGAGGCCAAAAACGAGAAUCGGGGGAUGGCGUCCGUGUCGUGGCUCCGCGAGGUCACGGUCGAGGUCUACGGGCACCGAGUCCUGCUGCCCAAAGGGACUCUCGGAACCGUCCAGGUGGACGGUUUGAUGAAGACUCUGCCCGUGCAGAUGCAGCUCGGCGCGGUGAAGGUUUACCAGUCCGGUGUGGCCGUCGCCUUGGAGACCGACUUUGGGCUUUUGGUGACGUACGACGGGCAGCACUACGCGUCCAUCUCUCUGCCCAGCUCCUACUUCAACAACACCUGCGGCCUCUGCGGGAACUACAACGACGACCCGUCCGACGACCCGCUGCUGCCGGACGGCUCGCUGGCCGAGAGCGUGGUGGAGCUCGGCGGCAGCUGGCGAGCCGAGGACACGGACUGGCGCUGCACCGACGGCUGCGCCCAAAACUGCAGCGUGUGCGACGCCUCCAGCGAGGCCUUCUACUUCCGACCGGACUACUGCGGGAUCAUCAACAAGACGGACGGGCCCUUCAGGGACUGCCGGGCGGUGGUGGACCCCACGGCCUUCGUCUACAGCUGCGUGUACGACAUGUGCAGCAACAAGGACAACAUCACCACGCUGUGCCAGGCCAUCCAGGCGUACGCUCUGGCCUGCCAGGCGCUCGGCGUCACCAUCCGCUCCUGGAGGUCUCGAGCUUUCUGCGCUUUGACGUGUCCUGAGUUCAGUCAGUACCAGGUGUGCACCACGGCGUGUCCCGCCUCCUGCUCCGACCUGACGGCGCCGCUGUACUGCGCCCACCCCUGCACCGAGGGCUGCCAGUGCGACCCGGGCUACGUCCUGAGCGGCAGCCGCUGCGUGCUCCAGGAGGACUGCGGCUGCGAGCACAACGGCCUCUACCAUCCCAUGAACGCCACCUUCUGGGUGGGCGCGACGGGCGAGGAGGGCGACUGCAGCCAGCGCUGCACCUGCGGCUUCGCCGGGGAGGUGUCCUGCUUUAACGAGUCGUGUAAGGACGGCGAGGUGUGCGCGGCGGAGGCGGGGCUCCUGGGGUGUUACCCGAGGAGAGAGGGCGUGUGCUCCGUCACGCAGACCGCCAUGACGGCGUCCUUCGACGGGGCGCACCUGCCGUUCCCGGAGGACAGUUCGUUUUACCUGGUGAAGCUGUGCGGCCCCGUCCCGGUGAACGGAUCCAUGGUGGAGGUGAAAAUGAGCCGACGCCUCUUCAACAAAGGACCGGCCUGGAAACGUCCCGUCAUCGUGACCGUGGCCAACGUGGAGGCGCAGAUGGGCGGAGUCGACUUCGACACAGUGAAGGUGAACGGUGAGUCCGUGGUGCUGCCGUACGUUCACCCGAUGGAGACGGUGAUGAUCUACCGCGCUCCAGGAAACGCCACGGUGGUGGAGUCCCGCGGGCUGCUCCGGGUUCACUACACCAGGCAGGGCCACGUCAACAUCUCCCUGUCCACGCUCUACUACAACCUGACCUGCGGCCUGUGCGGCGUCUUCAACGGCAACGCCACCGACGACCUGCGCCUCCCCAACGGGCGCCAGGCCGAGUCCCCCGAGCAGUUCACCGAGGCCUGGAAGUCCCUGGCCGACGACCUGACGUGUAACGGGGACUGCGACGACCUGUACCGCAUGUGCACGGACCUGCGCCUCUACCAGAGCCCCUGGAUGUGCGGGAACAUCAACGACCCCGGGAACAGCUCCUUCAUCGCCUGUCACAACGUGGUCAACCCUUCGCCGUUCUUCAGGAGCUGCCUGUACAACAUGUGCGUGAAGGAGGGAAACCGCUCGGCCAUGUGUAACUCCCUGCAGGCCUACGCCAGCGCCUGCCAGGACGCCCACGUCAGCCUGGCGUCGUGGAGGAGCGCCACCAACUGCCCUCUUCCGUGUCCUGAGAACAGUCACUUCGAGGAGUGCACCACGUCCUGCCCGCUGACCUGCGCCACGCUGGACGAGCCGGAGGAGCCGUGCCCGCUGCCGUGCCAGGAGGGCUGCCAGUGCGAGGACGGCUACGCGCUGAUGGACGGGCUGUGCGUGGCGAGGCGGGACUGCGGGUGCGUGUACCACGACCGCCACCUCGCCACCAACCAGACCUUCUGGACCGACUGGGAGUGUCGCGACCGCUGCUUCUGCAACGGCUCGGACAACGCCGUGUCCUGCCAGCCCGCGCCGUGCCAGCCCGAGGAGUACUGCCAGGGGAGUAACGCGGGCACCGGGGAGAGCGACGGCCUCUUCUACUGCCAGCCCCGCACCGAGGCCCUGUGCGUCGCCGCGGGAUACGGCCACUUCCUGCCGUUCGCGGGCGCGGCGUUCGACCUGCAGAGCUCGUGCCCGCUGCAGCUGGUCACGUCGGAGUGCGGCGUCGUCACCCGCGAGCUGGCGGCGGCGCUCCCGUCGUUCAAGCUCGCCGCCCGCAACGAGGAGCGCGACACGGGCCAGGCCAUCUGGGUCAAAGGCUUCGUGCUGGAGACCUACGACUACGAGAUCGAAGUGUCGCGGAGCUACAAGAACACGGUGACGGUGAAUAAGGAGCGGCUGUACCUGCCUCUGAAGCUGGGCCUGGGGCGGGUGAACAUCUUCAGCGUGGGCACGCAGCUGGUGCUGGAGACGGACUUUGGGCUCAAAGUGGCGUUUGACUGGAACACUCUGCUGCUGCUGUCUCUGCCGCGGGACCUGUACCACACGGCGUGCGGGCUGUGCCAGGGCAUGCCCCUCACCCCUCCCAUCCUCAGCACCACAGACUGGGGCAUGGCGUGGGCGGAGAGGGACACCUUCUGCCAGGUGGGGUGCGGGGACUCGUGCCCGCGCUGCGGCCUGGGCGAGAAGAGCGGGCUGUCCGAGGGGGCGCUGAUGGUGGCGGACGCCAACGGGAACGACGACAACGGCGAGAGGGAAGUGAACACGCGCAUCCGCUUCCACAUCGGAGACGGACUGUACGUGUUUGUGGAGCCCGAGGCCGUGAGGCUGUGCGGCCUCAUCGUCGACAGAGGAGGAGCCUUUGUCCGAUGCCACAGCAAGGUGGCGCCGACGUUCUUCUACCAGAGCUGCCUGCAGGACACCUGCCUGGACCAGGGCGCCCAGGACACCAUCUGUAACUGGCUGCAGAUGUACGCCAGCACCUGCCGGGCGCAGGGCGUCUCUCUGAGCGACUGGAGGAGUGACACGCCCUGUGUCCUGAGGUGCCCCCCCUACAGUCACUACUCCCCGUGCGUGCCCGCCUGCCCGCCCCAGUGCGCCCCCGCCCGCGGGCAGAGGGACUGCAGUCACGACUGCGUGGAGGGCUGCCAGUGCGACCAGGGCUACGUGCUCAACGGCAAAAGCUGCAUCCUGGCACAGAACUGCGGCUGCUACACUGACGGCAAGUACUUCGAGCCCAAACAGCUGUUCUGGAACUCGGACUGUACCAAGCGGUGCCAGUGCAUCGGGCGCAACCUGGUCCAGUGCGACCCGCGGCGCUGCAAGUCCGAGGAGGAGUGCAUCCUCCGUCACGGCGUCCGGGGCUGCUUCGCCAGGCGCUCGCAGCACUGCGUGGCGUCCGGCGGCGGCGUGUUCCGGACCUUCGACGGCGCGUCCCUCCGCCUGCCCGCCUCCUGCUCCUUCGUCCUGUCCACGAACUGCCACAAGCUCCCGGACCUGUCCUUCCAGCUCAUCGCCAACUUCGACAAGUGGACCACGCCCAACCUGACCACCAUCUCGCACGUCUACCUGUACAUCAACGAGGAGAACAUCCUCAUAUCCGGGAGCACGGUCAAGGUGAACGGGACCCCGGUGUCCGUGCCGUUCCUGACCGGCCUCAUGACGCGCCUCACCACCUCCGAGGGCUUCAUCGUCAUCGACACGCCGCUGGACAUCCAGGUCCGGUACAACCGCUUCAACACCCUGAGCAUCACCAUGGGCCCCCGGCUGCACAACAAGGUCUGCGGACUCUGCGGGAACUUCAACGGAGACCCCCACGACGACUACAUCACCUCCCGAGGAAAACCGGCCACCAGCGCCCUGGAGCUGGCCCAGAGCUGGAAGACCAACGGCAUGCAGAACAGCUGUGACGAGAUGCAGUACGUGGCUCUGGCUCAGUCGUGUGAGAACACCGCGGUGUUGGCGCUGCAGAGCGAAGGCGCCUGUCAGAAACUCACGGCGCUCAAAGGUUUCUUCCAGCCGUGCCACGGGCUGCUCGACCCGCGCCCCUUCUACCAGUCCUGCUACCUGGACGGCUGCUACAACCACCGCAAAGCCCAGGUGUGCGGCUCCCUGGCAGCGUACGCCGAGGCCUGCCGCGCCCUGGGCACCCUGUCCACCCGCUGGAUCACCCAGGAGAACUGCUCAGAAUGGAUCUACGACCCCUGCGCCGGCGAGAGCUGCACCAACUUCACCUGCGAACUGGAGAACGGAGGAGACCUGUGCGGCUGCCCCGAGCUGCCCACGCCCACCGGGAGUGAGGACGACAUCAUCCAGGCGGAGGUCACCUGUAAACACGCCCAGAUGGAAGUGUCCAUCUCCAAGUGUAAACUCUUCCAGCUGGGCUUCGAGCGCGAGGACGUCCGGGUGAACGACCAGCACUGCGCCGGCGUCGAGGGAGAGGACUUCAUCUCCUUCCACAUCAACAACACCAAGGGCCACUGCGGAUCCAUCGUACAGUCGAACGGGACUCACAUCAUGUACAAGAACACGGUGUGGAUCGAGAGCGUCAACAACACGGGAAACGUCAUCACCAGAGACAAAACCAUCAACGUGGAGUUUUCCUGCGCCUACGAACUGGACCUGAAGAUCUCCCUGGAGACCGUCCUCCGACCCAUGCUCAGUGUGAUAAACCUGACGCUGCCGACCCAGGAGGGAAACUUCAUCACUAAAAUGGCGCUGUACAAGAACGGCUCGUACCGUCACCCGUACCGCGAGGGCGAGGUGGUGCUGAGCACCCGCGACGUCCUGUACGUGGGCGUGUUCGUGGAGGGAGCCGACGAGAACCAGCUCAUCCUCAUCGUCAACAUGUGCUGGGCCACGCCGUCGCGCUUCAGCGGCGACCGGCUGCGCUACAUCAUCAUCGAGAGGGGGUGUCCGAACACGAAGGACAGCACCAUCGGGAUGGCGGAGAACGGCGUGGGCCUGACCUGCCGCUUCCACGUCACCGUCUUCAAGUUCAUCGGCGACUACGACGAGGUUCAUCUGCACUGCGACGUGACGCUGUGCGACUCCGACACCAACGCCUGCAAAGUGAACUGUCCACACAAACGGAGGAUGUACUCAGAGAACAGCGAGCAGAAGGAGCACAUCCUGUCUGUGGGACCCAUCCGCCGCAGAGAGGCAGACUGGUGUGAGGAGCAGAACGGUGGGUGUGAGCAGAUCUGCAGCAGUAAAAGUUCAGGUCCAGUUUGCAGCUGCGUCACCGGAACUCUCCAGAAGGACGGAAGGAGCUGUCACACCGUGAGCGGUCAGAGCAGUCCGUCGCCCGUCCUCCCUCUGCUCAGCGCCAGCGCCGUCGUGUCUCUGCUGCACAGUCUGGCCGUCCUGUCGUAGCCCCGCCCCCCUCACCAGCGCCACCUGCUGCACAAACCCGCACACGCCGCUCUUCACCCGCGCUUCACCCCGCGCUUU